AUGAAGUUUCCAGUCGACCUCGUUUUGGUGGCCAUUGCCGUCACCACUGUCCACGCAGACUAUUCAGUCGCGCCCGACAUUCCUUGCAGUGUCCCUGCUGCCAAUCCGUAUUCAUACGACACUCUAGCGCCAAAAGUUGGAGGCUACCGUAAAAGCUCUUGCAGCUUUGAAUGUUGUGGCUUUAACCAUCCCGUGGUUUAUCCCAAUGGUACCACUGAGAUGACCAAAUGCAUGAAGACGUGGAACGCGUGCGAUAAGAGCGGCAGUGGUUUGGUGCCUGGUGAUCCGCUAGCGCCAGACAGUCGAUGCUUUUAUUUGGAAGCAAACUUUCCGUACGAUGGAUUUCAGGAAAUUCCCACGGAAAUAAAAUGCCCCAACAUUUGCCAAGGACCGAAGGAAGACGUCUGGGACGAGUACAGACGCGGUUACUGUAAGAAGUACAGAGAUGCGAUGAUGGAAAACCCCGCUCCUCCAAGUGAAAAGUGCGCGAUGGUCUGCCCUGAUGUUAUUUUACCUGUUUGCGAUCUCAACGGCUACAAGUUUGCGAACAAGUGCGAGCUGGAACUUGCUGCGUGUCUGCACUCGGACAUGAACAUUGUAGAGGAUACAAACGCUCUAUUAAAUACUCAAAGUCCAGAUUUAACGCUGCGAAAGCAAGCAGAAGAGUUUUUGAAUAAUGCAUUGCAACAACAAAUGGGACAGUUUAUGGUGAUGCUUGUACAAGCAUUAGCCUCGGAAGAAUUUGCUGUUGUUGGCCGUCAAGCUGCCGGUUUAUACCUUAAAAAUGUAUUGGACGCCAAGGAUGAUGUACUGCAGCAGCAGAAGAUUAAUGCCUGGAUGGCCAUGGAUCCAGCAUUACGCACACAAAUCAAGGAUGGAUCGCUUAGCGUGCUUCAGUCUAGUGACGCUGUGGCUCGCCAUACGAGUGCCCAGCUAGUGGCCAAAAUCGGUAGCAUCGAGUUACCUGCUAAGGAGUGGCCUACUCUGCUCGAGUUAUUACUGCAAAAUGUGACUAGUGGUAGUGAAGGCUGCAUUCAUGCCACGCUCGAGUGUCUUGGCUACCUGUGCGAUGAACUCGAGGAAAACACGAUUGACGAGCAAGACACUAAUCGUAUCCUCACGGCUAUUGUGGAUGGCAUUCGAGCCGAUCGUCCCCCCGCUAUCCGUCUUGCCGCUGUGACGGCUUUGCGGAACAGUCUAGAGUUUGUGAGCGAGAACUUUAAGCGCAAGCAGGAGCGCGACCACCUUAUGCAAAAGAUCUGUGAAGCUACGCAGUCUACGGAUCUGCGCAACCGUGUGGUGGCCUAUGAGUGUAUUGCUGCCAUCGCAACGAUGUACUACGAAUACCUUGCUGAGUACAUGGAAACGCUAUGCAAAUUGACGUUUAACGCUAUUACGAACGACCAAGAUGAGGUAGGCCUGCAAUCGCUCGAGUUUUGGUCGUCCAUGUGCGAUGUGGAACUUGAUUUGAUCGAGGAGAUGAAUUACGCUGAGCUUGAAGGCCGGACCGACUUCAUUCCUUGCAACUACUACGUACAAACUGUUUUAAACACCCUUAUUCCCAUACUCACCGAAACGUUAAAGAAGCAGGAGGAUGAUCAGGAUGAAGACUCAUGGAACCUGUCGAUGGCUGCUGCGACUUGUCUUGCUUUGGUGGCCCAGGUGGUAGGUGAUGCGUGCGUCGACCUUACCAUGACGUUCAUCACACAGAAUAUUGAGAGCAACGAGUGGCGCCCGAAAGAGGCUGCUAUCAUGGCAUUUGGCUCGAUUCUAGACGGCCCCGAAUCGGCUAAGAUUGCUCCACUUGUGCGUCAAGCGCUUGGAUUUCUGAUGAGCUGUAUGAAGUUUGACCACAUUUUGGUUCGUGACACAACGGCUUGGACACUUGGUCGUAUCUGCGAAUUACAUUACGGAUGCAUCAGCGGCGAGAUGCUGCCUGGGCUUAUGCAGCUCCUACUCGAGGGGCUGGAUCAGGAGCCUCGUGUAUCGCACAAUGUUUGUUAUGCCAUCCACAACAUUGUAAAGGCAUUUGAGGAGUCAGAGGCGGCUGCGCACAUGUUGACUCCGUACUUCAAUACGCUUUUUGACAAGCUGCUUGAGACCAGCAACCGACCGAACGUUACUGAGAGCAAUCUCCGCGGGUCAGCGUAUGAGGCGUUGAAUGUGUUGGUGCAAGCUGGUGCUGAUGAGGUAAAUGAGCAUAUUAUGUUACGUCUUCCAGUGGUGCUUGAACGCCUAGAGCAAAGCAUUAAGACCCUGAUUGAAAAUCCAGACAGCCUUCACGAUGAUCAGGCUGGUCUGCAAGCAUUGCUUUGCGGUGUCUUGAUUGCUGCCAUCCAGAAGCUGAAUAUUGAUAUUGAGCCGCUAGCAGAUCGUAUCAUGCAGGCACUACUCCAAGUGUUUUCUACCCGCAAUGCUGCAGCUGCCGAAGAAGCAUUUAUGGCUGCGGGUGCUUUGGCUAACGUUGUUGGUUCCAAGUUUGAAGUGUACAUGCAGUAUUUCGGCCCAGUCGUGUUAAUGGGUUUAAAGAACAGCGAGGAGUACAUGGUUUGCAGUGUUGCAGUGGGCGUCGUAGGCGAUCUUUGCCGAGCUCUAGAGAACAAGGUCCUGCCGCUGUGCGACGAAAUUGUAGCUGCUCUUAUCGAAAUUCUGAAGAAUCCAAUGCUUAACCGCUCGGUGAAGCCACCAGUGCUGUCAUGUUUUGGCGAUAUUGCGCUGGCUAUUGAGGGCGAAUACGAGCGCUACGCCGUGUCAUCGCUUCAGAUGAUUUUGCAGGCUGCGGGUGCAUGCGGAUCGAUUGCGACAGACGAUGAAGAAGUGGUGGAGUACAUGAAUCAGCUGCGUGAGAGCGUGCUGGAGGCGCUAACGGGCAUUGUGCAGGGUCUGGGCGCUGUCAACAAGGCGACUAUGCUUAUGGAGUGCGCGCCACAGAUCGGAGCUUUUUUGGCUACGCUUGCAAACGAUUUAGCGACGAGGUCAGACGCUGUAACGACUGGUGCGGUGGGUUUGAUUGGUGAUAUGGGCCAGGCGAUGGGCAAGGCGGUGGAAACGCUGUUUCACCAGCAGUUCGUUGUUCAGCUUGUGGGGGAGUGCGCUAAUAAUGCGCAGAAUCCUCAGGCACAACAGCUGGCGGCGUGGACCCAGAAGGUGAUUAUGGAUCUGCAGUCGAAUUAA